ACCCCCCCCCCAAAAAAAAAAAAAAAGCAAACAAACACACUCUCACUUGCAGUGUCAGUAAUUUGAAUUAAGGAAAGCAUUUUGAGUUCAAUUCUUCUCUCUAGGGUUUGGUUUUGUUGAUUCAACCAUGGCGUCCUCUUCUUCUGAUCCUGGGUUGAAACCAGAACUGGGCGGGGGUAGCGGCGGAGAGAGUUCAGAAGCAGUGAUAGCAAAUGAUCAGUUAUUAUUAUACAGACAAUUAAAGAAACCAAAGAAAGAGAGAGGUUGUACUGCUAAAGAACGUAUCAGUAAAAUGCCUCCUUGUACUGCUGGUAAACGUAGCUCCAUUUAUCGUGGAGUUACCAGGCAUAGAUGGACUGGUAGAUAUGAAGCUCACCUUUGGGAUAAAAGUACUUGGAACCAGAAUCAAAAUAAAAAGGGAAAGCAAGUAUACUUGGGAGCAUAUGAUGAUGAAGAGGCUGCAGCUAGAGCAUAUGAUCUUGCUGCCUUAAAGUAUUGGGGUCCUGGGACACUCAUUAAUUUUCCUGUCACUGAUUAUAGUAGAGAUCUUGAGGAAAUGCAGAAUGUGUCUAGAGAGGAAUACCUAGCAUCUCUUCGUAGAAAGAGUAGUGGGUUCUCUAGAGGAAUAUCUAAAUACCGGGGACUUUCUAGCAGCCAGUGGGACUCAUCAUUUGGUCGUAUGCCUGGAUCUGAAUAUUUCAGUAGCAUAAAUUAUGGUGCAGCUGAUGAUCCAGCAGCAGAAAGCGAAUAUGUUGGCAGUCUUUGUUUUGAAAGGAAAAUUGAUCUAACAAGUUAUAUCAGAUGGUGGGGGUUCAACAAAACUCGUGAAUCUGUCUCCAAAUCAUCAGAUGAAAGAAAACAUGGUUAUGGUGAAGAUAUCAGUGAGCUUAAAUCAUCAGAAUGGGCAGUGCAGUCUACUGAGCCUUACCAGAUGCCCCGUCUGGGCAUGCCUGACAACGGUAAAAAGCAUAAAUGCUCCAAGAUCUCUGCCUUGAGCAUUUUGUCACACUCGGCUGCUUACAAGAACUUGCAAGAGAAGGCGUCAAAAAAGCAAGAAAACUGUACUGAUAAUGAUGAAAAGGAAAAUAAAAAGACUAAUAAAAUGGAUUAUGGCAAAGCAGUUGAGAAGUCUACAAGUCAUGAUGGCAGUAAUGAGAGACUUGGAGCUGCAUUAGGCAUGAGUGGCGGAUUGUCUCUUCAGAGAAAUGCGUACCAACUCGCUCCUUUUUUGUCUGCUCCACUUCUAACCAACUAUAAUGCCAUUGACCCCUUAGUAGAUCCCAUCCUAUGGACAUCUCUAGUUCCUGUUCUUCCUGCUGGAUUUUCUCGUAAUUCUGAGGUCACAAAGACAGAGACAAGUUCAACUUAUACCUUCUUUCGGCCGGAGGAGUGAGCACAUUCCUGCUUCUGGUUGUACACUGGAGGUUCUGCUGAUGAAUGAAAAUAUUAAAGUAAAACUUCCUGAUCAUUCUUUUUUCCUUUUUUCACUUUUCUCUUAACAAUCCAUAUUUAGGACAAUUUUAUAUAGGACAGGAAGUAUUAUGUACAUUGAUUACAUGUAGAGGUUUCAACACAUGCUGAUGUAUUAUUUCCUGAUAUGUUCCAGAAAAUAUAUAUCAAAUAUGUAUGAGAGUUGGAUGAGCAUAAAAUUAUGUUAGAACAGUCAAAACAUGUUUGUAUAGAAACAAAAAAAUCAUCAACUCCUCACCAUUUACAAAAUUUAGCCAGUGAUACAGCUAAAUUUUUAGUUUCUGCACUACUUGCUCUUGGCUGUUCAAAAGAAACUUUGGUCAAUCUGAACUCUGUUUUUGUUGCUCUC